GCAGCGCCUGGGAGCGGCCGCCGUUGCUACCGCCUCCUCCUCCGCCUCUUACUUUCCCUCUCCUCCCCCUCCACCCCGCUGGCGGCACUGCGCCGCCGGGUGGAGAGGAUUGGAAACUCUACCCGGGCCCCUCCUUUCUCACUAGGCCGGCCGGCUUUCUCCUAAGCAUGGGCAAAAGGACUUCUUUGUACUUCUUGUGACAACUUCUACGGGCCUGAGAGAUUUAUGGACUUCUGUGGUUUCUUGAGGUGGAGUAUUGUGAUGUUUUCUAAAACGGACCCCCAUGGCUUGGGAGGAACAUAUUUACCUUUUAGAGGUUAGGGGUGAGAAAUGGAGUCGACAUAUCUUCAAAAGUGCCUUGGGACGUGUCUAACUCAAGGUCUUGCAGAAGUGGCGAGAAUUCGUCCAGUGGAUCCAAUAGAAUAUUUAGCAUUGUGGAUUUACAAAUAUAAGGAAAAUGUGACCAUGGAGCAGCUGAGACAGAAGGAAAUGGCCAGCCUGGAGCGUGAGAGAGAACUGGCAUUGAUAGAGCAGGAAAUGAUGGAGAGGCUCAAAGCAGAGGAGCUCCUGAUUCAGCAGCAACAGCUGGCAUUCCAGCUGGAGUUGGAAAUGCAAGAAAAAGAGAGACAAAGAGUAGAAGAACUACACAGAGCUCAGGAACAAUUAGAGAAGGAGAUGGGAAUGAAUAUAGAAAACAUACCUACGAGUGAAGAUAGUUCACAUUCAGAGGAUAUAACACCAGACUCAGGCAAAACGCUAGCUGAAAUUAGCGAUCGAUACGGGGCACCCAACCUGAGCAGAGUGGAAGAACUUGAUGAGCCAAUGCUAUCUGAUGUUGCAUUAAACAUUGAUCAAGAUUUGUAAGAUCAACCAACCCAAGAGCAAUACAUUUUUCUGCUUGUUUCAAGUUUCAAAACAUGAGGUUCCCAACUGUAUUUUUUUCCUCCAAACCUGAACUCUGCUUUUUUUUUUUUUUCUCUAAAGACAGCUUUAUAAAUGGGCUUUCAAGGGUAGCCUUAACAGGUUGUUUUGGAUUCUCCGAUGCAACUGGUUGUAGGAUUCCUCAGAGAGCAAGAGAGAGAGUUUGCCCAAGCAACCGGAAGGCGCAAAUGGGAGAUGAGCUGAAAAGACUGUGUGUGUGUGUGUGUGUGUGUGUGUGUGCGCGCGCGCGCGCGCGUGUGAGAACAAGAUUGCCCGAGGUGAAGGUUACGGUCUGUGAAGAGUGAAAGGGGCUACCACUGUGCAGGACUUGGGAGUGUUCGACAUGCCUUAGAUCUGAGCUCCCCCCUGGAAGUGGACUGUGAGGAUUUCUCCAGUUUGCUCGGCAGUGAUACUUUGUAGGACCAUUAAUCCACGCUUACUGAUAGGGCUGGAUGGGGAAGGAUGCCAAGUUCUGGGGUACCAAGACCCAGCAUUUCUUCUGGAUCAACCAGUGUGGGCAGACAUCCUGGUGAUACUGUUGGAGAGACGCUCUCGCUGGACACAGGCCAUGCAGGGGGCUUCCUUGGGUGGGCGCUGGGUGGUCCAUGGGCCCUGACUGCUCUCCUGGCCCCUUGGAAGUUUCACACCCAACCUUGAACUUUAGGGAGAACUUUGCUUCCUUUUUAAAAUUCUUCCAAAUCUAAGUCUUUAUUCUGAAUCCUUUCUGUUAUUUAAGGAAGGGUAUAGGCAUGGAAACAUAAAUGCCAGGAAGAGGAUUCUUAAAUAAAAUUUUAGGGGCUCCCUGGUGGCUCAGUAAGUUAAGCAUCCGAUUUCGGCUCAGGUCAUGAUCUCAUGGUUUGUGAGUUCAAGCCCCAGUGUUGGACUCUGUGCAGACAGCUCAGAGCCUGGAGUCUGCUUCAGCCUCUCUCUGCCUGCCCCCCCCCUUGCACUCUGUCUCUCUCUCUCAAAUAUAAAUAAACAUUAAAACAAUUAUAUAAAAAAUAAAUUAAUUAAAAAUUUAAAAGAUCUGCUUUUGGUCAUCAUAUAUCUUUCCUGAGGCAAUGAGAACAGAACAGCCAAGUUGCUUAAAUGGGAAGAGAGAAAGGGGGGAAAAUAAUGGGGAAAGCACUGGUUUCAUUAAAAAGAAAUGUUAUCUCGUCGUAUCAGUUCUGUAUGUUCUUUAGAAAAAAGUCCCAGGUACCCUGGAGAGAUGGUUUCCGGGUCAGUUGGGCCACCAGGCACUGUGUCCCCAGCAUGGAUGACCUGUCUCAGUCUGCCAGGCAGGUGUCUAAGGCAGCGAGAGAGCAUGUGUCCCCCUGCCCCCCAGCCUGGGCCUGUGAGGGCACCCUCGUGGAGGGCUGGGGGUGGAAGGGCGGGCUCAGGGGGCCCUUGGCCUCAGCGCAGCCCAGGCAGUCUGGUGCUGGGGCUUGACAGCAAGAGUCUGUGAGUGCCGGCUAGUCACGGGGUGAAUCACUGUGGCUCUGGGACACAGGGUAGCCCUCUUGGAAGCAUCCCCAGCCAGAUCUGAGCAUAAGAGGGAGGACGUAGAACGGGGUGAAAAAGGAGAUGACGCUUUUUCUCUCAACCUUCUUCUACGCCGAGUAAUAUUGGAUGAGAUGUGAAUUCUAUCUUCUUGGGUGUUGGAUAUUUUUAUCCCUGUAAAUAUUUGUGAGCUUUGUUUCUGGAUGCCGUUAAGGUACUCGGGAAUAAUUUGAUCCUUUCUGGUCUUGCUUUCAAGAAGCUUUGUUAGGUGGGACCAGAGAAGAAUUGAGUCUAGGGCAAGUUUUGUCCCACCAUUAAGGCCACACACUCUAGGGACACUGCCCCAUGUUGAGUGAAUUAUGAGAACUGUCACUUUGGCUGUGGAAAGAGACACUAUCUUCAUUGUAUUUUUAGACCACUUUACUGAGGUAUGGUUGACAGAAAGGUAACUUAUUCCCAGCUCUCUUUGAGAGAGCUCGUGUGCCCUCCAGUCAUCUGAGAGUUUCUUUCCUUGGCUUCUUAUCACUUCUUCCUCCCCAUGCAUUUAUUACUCAGCUGAAGACUCAGGGGGACCGUCUGGAGGUACCCCUGGACUCCGGGCUCUGAGACCACUGGGCUUCACCCACAAGGCAGAGAGCUGAUGCGGUUGCAGGGAACACUGUUUCCCGUUCCUCAGAGGUCUUUGUCCUCUGUUGCCUCAGGUUCACUGUCCCAACAGCUGGGACAGUGUGGUUUGUCGCACCAAACGGUGCUGGUUUUUCGUCGUUUCACAGGUGAGGGCAAGGCCUGUCUCUGUUGGUCCACCUUCGCCUGAAACCAGAGUUCAGAUGCCACAGACGUUUUCUCAUGAAAAUCCCUGUUCCUUUGCUUCUUCAACUUGCCUAAUUUGGCGAAAUGUAAUGUGGUUACUUUCUGAGAAGAAUUUAGGGGGUUUGGGAAGUAUCGAAUGACUUGUGUCUCUUAACCUGCUUGGAACCAGGCCGAAAGGGCUAAGCGGGAAUCAAGGAAUCAACUUUACAGAUGCUAAAAGGCCACCAGAGAGUGCAGGACACCAGGCUGAAGCUGAGUAUCCUGUUCCUCCUGGCUAGUUUGAAGAGAAGCCGCUGGGGAAUGAUAGUUCUCUCUGUGCCCGCCUGAUCUGCUUCUCACGUGGAGGACCGAAGCACGGUGGGGCUGUGGACGGUCCUGAUCCCCGAGGCCUUCAGGAGCGAGAGCUCGAGAGGCCAGGUUGAGCGUGGGGCCUUUACCCAGACCCAUUCACCCAUCUCCUGAAAGAAGGAAGAGAAGAGGGUGCAGAAAUUGCCUGGCUCCCUGUUCUGCCACACGCUUCUCUCCUGGGAAAUGACACUUCUCAGUAUUAUUUUGCCUGACGUAAGUGACCAAAAACCCUGACUUGGAAACAGGCUGACACCCUUGAUGCAAGUGGCUUAAUGGAUCAAAUGAUCUCUUGUCUCCCACAAGAAGUCCAGAGAAUGGGCAGGCCGCAGACGCGAUGGGUCAGGGCUCCAGCACCCUCUCUCUUGGCUCUGCCUUUCUGGUCUCCACCGGUCUCAUCCUUGGGCUCUUCCCAGUGUGGCUGCCGUCAAUAAUUCCAGGUGCUAUAUUCAGCCAUGACAGCAUCUCAUGGAAGAAGAGGGGAGAGUCCUCCUGGUGUUUUUAUUUAUAUUCCUAGAAACUCCCCAGCAGACUUGCCUGUCUGUCUCACUGAUUAUGAUUGCAUUCUACAUUUACUCUCUCCAAUUUCAUUCACAAGGAAGAUAAGGAAUCAUUACACUGUCGUCUUACUGAUUCAUUGGUUUAUAGAUUCAUUUAUUUUCAAUCUAUGUCAAAGGGUCAUAAGUAGUCACCAGGGUGGCAUAAGUGUGGCCCUUAGAGAACCAAAUCUAAGUGCCAUCUCUGCAGUUAACAUGAACCUGAGAAUGAGCGCCUCUAAAAUUUUGCUAUGGGGAACUCUGAUUGCCUUGCCUUCCUCCUGGCCCUGCCAUUUACUAUGGGGAAUAAGAAUAGGGCAUGACCUUUGCCCUACAGCACUUUUGGGUCAAGUACAGCUUGUGUGCACAUAUAAUAGGAACUAAGUACCUGGUGCAAAUAGAAGCUAAGAAUUUAGGGGAAUGGGAUUGGAGCAAGCUUCAUGAAAGCGAGGACAUUUCCAAAGGAACCUUAAAGGAGAGGUAAGUUUUCAGUGGGUGAAAUUCAUGGAAAUGAGAAGGAAACUGGGCCAAAGACAGAUGGGUAGGAACCUGACUGGGGAGGGUCUGAACACCAGCCUCCAAAGUCUGUACUUGACGCCAGGGAGGGAUGUGUGGAAAGACCCAGGAUGGCCUUUGAGGACUUUCCACAGUUUCAGGAUGUGGAAGUGAAAUUCGGAUCGUGUGGCUAAGGGCAUGGAUUUUGGUAAGGAAAGGAAAAAGACUGAGGUGAUCUUCUGGAGAAGUUUGGUGACGAAGAGAGAGCGACUGGAGAGUGUAGCAGGAUUGAGCAGGGAUGCUCUCCUUGGAAAUGAGGCUUUGCUUGUACUCUGGCAAUAGGAAACAGGAAAGUUGGUGAGCCCAGAAGUAGAGACUGAAGGUGUGGCUCAGGAGGGUUGGAGCAGGGAUCCAGGAGUACUAAGUGUGGGUCAAAACUGACAAGAGGGAGGAGAGCACUUCUGAAAUUAUGUUUUCCCCCCAGGAGGGGGAAAAUGUAGAGAGAGACAUUUUAAGUGAAGGGGAUGAAUAUUUGAGGGUAGUGGAGCAGCGCACACAGUCUAGGAUUCUCUACUUCUGAUCCUUUUGGUAAAGAAGGAGAGAAGGGCAGAGGCUGGUCAGGUACAUGAGUGAGGAUGCAUUUAAAACAUGUGCUGG